CUUGUGUAUAAAGGUAUUUGAUUAAAGUUAUUUUACAGAAAAAGCCUAAAGGCAAAUUAUUGGUUCGAAUCAACUCAAACAGUCAACAAAGAAAUUAUAACAUUGACUUCUCAACCAUGAAGGAACAUUGUGUUCAAACUAAUCAGACAUUUGAUAUUAUAAGGACAGCUGUUGGAGAGACAGCAUUCCCAAACACAUGGGAGGAUUUACAAGGCAACCCAUGGAAGGUGUUCCAAGUACAAGCUGGAAGUAACGAGUACAACCAAGUUAUUCAAAAGUUUCAACAAGGAGCUGCCUAUAUUCAAACUAUAGUAAAGUUGGAACGAAUACAAAACGUUGCACUUUACAAACAAUUCCUCGCUCAAGAGGAAAAAGUUCGGGCAAAAAUGUCGAGUCGUGGUGUUGGACAAACGGUGACUCGUGAACUUUUCCACGGAACAAGCGGAGACGUUACUGACAACAUUUAUAGGAAUGGUUUCGAUAGAAGUCAUGCAGGGAAGAACGCUACUGCAUAUGGAAAAGGAGUUUACUUUGCAGUACAAGCACAAUAUUCACAUAACUACACUUCACUUGACCGAAACAACCAUCGGUGUAUGUUUUUAUCCAAAGUUGUCACAGGGGAGUAUUGUGCUGGUAAUUCUUCCAUGAUAACUGCACCUGCUAUAGCAGGAGGGCAAAAGAAUGAGUUGUACGACAGUGUUGUUAAUAGAGUAAGCAACCCUACUAUGUAUGUUGUAUUUAAGGAUGCGAGUGUAUAUCCUGAUUAUGUUCUAACUUACCAAUAAGUUACAUAUGGUAAAAAAAAAACUUUAAACACUCUCCCUGGUACUUCUGCCACCAGGCAUAAUGUAAAUAAUCUUUUAGUGACUUAUGUAGUAUAAAAUGGUGUUUCCGACUUUUAUAAUUUGCCUUUAUUUGUUAACAGUAUAUGCUCCAUGCUUUAACAUAAAUCCUACAUUUUUAUGUUGUUUUAAACCAAAAUACGUGGGCUAGUUAAUUUUAACUGGGUUUCCAUGCUUUUACAAUGUAACUCUACAUUUAUAUAAUGUUUUAAACCUAAAUUUUUGAAUUAUUCUUGAACUAGACUAUUUUAAAUCUGUCUAGUUAUUUUUAACUAGGUUAUUUUAUCAAAUUAUUCUUUAAGUUACAAUGAAAUUUCUCUUCUUACCAAUUUUUAUCUUCAAUAUUUUAUCAUGCUCUUAUUUCUUUCUUUAACAUAACACAGUUUUUACUUAUCUCUUUGAAACGUUAGCAAAAAUCACGUUAUUUAACCAGCAAAGAGUAGGAAACUAACAGCAAAACGACAGUUGUUAAAACACUAUAGAUAAAGGUGUGGGAAAAAGUGUUACUUUAAAAUCGUGGCUGUUGAACUAUAAUGACCCAUUUUGAUCACUUUGCUGUAUUUUUGCUUGGGCUUUAUUUAACUCGCUUGAGUUUAUGUAUCUGUUAAAUGCAUGUAACAUAUUUAAGUUCCCUUCACUAGGCUUUUUUAACUAUAAUUUUUUUUUUUUAGCUACACUUGUGUCUAUUAAUUAAACCAUAUGAUAUGUUUUCUAUUGCGGUCAUUUAGCAAAUAAGAAAUGUUUCCAGAGGUUAAUAUGCCAACUGUGCAUUUUUUCUAUAAAAGUGAGGUCCUAUUGCAAGGUAGUCUAUGCUAUGUCCAUUGCCCGAACCUUCUGUAUAUAACUUUGUUUGUCCAAUGUUUUACGCAGGAGUAAAAUAUGAACUGUUAACCUUAAUGCAUAAACACGCAACUUGUU